AUGUUGACGAUAAUUCUUCUGUGUGUUGGCGUGUCGCCGUCGAACCAGUGCUGCACUGCGCCAGGACUCUGUACGAAGAAGCAAACUGAGGAGGCCUUUCGACAGAAAUAUGAGAAAGGGGAGGCCGCAGCGCAGGCGCAGCCGGGUGCCGCACCCGUUACGCAGCCAGGCGCCGUUGCGGGUACGCAACCAGGUGCCGCACCUGGUGCGCAACCGGAUGCUCCCCCGGGCGUGGGUACUCAAGGUAUGCAGCCCGGCGCUGCUCCUGGGACUCCGGAAGGCGUGGCCCCAGUUGGGCCAGGCACGCGCCCAGAGGCGUCCCCACCGCAGCCAGGUGCAGUUCCGGGCACUCCGCCAGGCGCAGCGCCAAUGCAGCAGACACCGGCGCAAGAUUCCCCUCCAGGUAAUGCGCCGGCACCGCAUGGAGCAACACAGGUGGCGUUUCUACAAAUUACUGCAGAUGGACAGAUCCUUCCCUGAG